GUGCUGAAGCAUCAUUUCAUUUGCCAUAAAUGAUCAGCCCCUAUGACCAACAUGAGCUGGAGUUUCCUCACCCGCCUGCUGGAAGAAAUUCACAACCACUCCACUUUUGUGGGGAAGAUCUGGUUGACUGUCCUCAUCGUCUUCCGCAUCGUCCUGACGGCCGUGGGGGGCGAGUCCAUCUAUUCGGACGAGCAGAGCAAAUUCACCUGUAACACCAAACAGCCGGGCUGCGACAAUGUCUGCUACGAUGCCUUCGCCCCGCUUUCCCAUGUCCGCUUCUGGGUCUUCCAGAUCAUCAUGAUCUCCACCCCGUCUGUCAUCUACUUGGGCUACGCCAUCCACCGGAUCGCCAGGUCCUCAGAGGAGGAGAAGAAGAGAUUCCGGAGCUUCAAAAAGAAGAAGAAGCAGUUUGUCCUCAACUGGCAGGCGUCCCAUCAUCUGGAAGAUUCCUUGGGCGCCGAAGAAGAACCUAUGAUCUCUGAGGAGAUGGUGGAGAACGAAGAGAAGGAGAAGACCAAGGAAGAGGAGGAGAAGAAGAAGGGGCAGAAACAUGAUGGCCGGAGACAUAUCCAAGAAGAAGGAUUGAUGAAGAUCUACGUCUUCCAACUUCUCACCAGAGCCUCCUUCGAAGUCUGCUUCCUGAUAGGUCAAUACAUGCUCUACGGUUUCGAGGUGAGACCCUACUAUCUCUGCACCCGCGACCCUUGUCCCCAUAACGUCGACUGCUUUGUGUCCAGGCCCACGGAGAAGACCAUCUUCCUCCUGGUGAUGUACGUGGUCAGCUGCCUUUGUCUGUUGCUCAACCUGGCGGAGAUGUGCCAUCUGGGCAUCGGUACCAUCCGGGAUGCCAUUCGCGAACGGAAAAUCCACAACUUCCGACAGCCGCCGUACAAUUAUGCCGCCUACCCCAAAAACAUCUCUUGCCCGCCCGAGUACAACCUGGUGGUCAAAUCGGACAAAUCAGCCAAGAUUCCCAACAGCUUGAUGGCCCAAGAGCAGAACUUGGCCAAUGUGGUCCAGGAGCAGCAGUGCACCAGUCCCGACGAUAACAUCCCUCCCGAUUUGUCCACCCUCCAUAAACAGUUACGGGUGGCUCAGGAGCAACUGGACAUUGUGUUCCAGAGUUACAACGGCACUCAGGGACACAGCCAGCCCUCCAGAACCAGCAGCCCGGGCUCCAGUGGGUCUAUGGCAGAGCAGAACCGGGCCAAUAUUGCGCAAGAGAAACACGGGACCAAGCCAAAAACCAGUUCGGAGAAAGGCAGCGUCAACGGCAAAGAUGGGAAAAACUCUGUAUGGAUUUAGGAAGGAGGAAACAGGUCAAAGGGUCUUACUACCUUGGUGGGCUUUGCAUCAGGAGAUGAUGGGUGUCUCUUCUUUGUUUACGAGGACAAGGCUAAAAUGAGACGUCCACCGGUAGUCCACCAGAGGCCUUUUCUCAGUCCCUUGCUUGGUUGAUUCCCAUCUUUCGUUUUCCGGGUAAAGCAGAAUCUUUGCGCUAGAAAUCCGUGUGAGACAGAUCCGUCCUCAAAGUUCUUCCAGGGAAGAUUCAAACCAGGUGCUGAUGGCAAGAUGGAUCCUUUGACUGGAGGCUCCAAAGAUCAGAAGAGACAGAAUUAAAUUCCUGUCAAUAAAACUUUGGCCCAAAAGCCCAAUUUCUCAACCUGCCUUGAAGGUUGAGAAUCUCAGGUAUAAUCCGCCUUUUGAAACUGAUGGCAUUUACCGCACUAUCCUUUAUCUCUUUCUUAUCCGAGUUUUCCACUUCUUCCU